AUGGAAUCUGCUCAAAAAUUGGAACAACAACAACAGUUAAUCAGACAACUUGAGCAAGACCUUAUUGUAAUGCAAGGAUCAUCAUCGACAACUUACCGACCAGGACCUGAUGGAGCUCCCAAUACUGUUUCUGACAUGUCUUCUGAAUUAGUAGCCGGAGCUGUCAAACAAUCAACUGGUGUCGUAGCUGAUACUUCAUCUGGUACUGAUUCACUUCUCGCAAUUGUAACAAGUCAAAGAGAGAGAUUCAGGGUCCGAAACCAAGAACUAGAGGCAGAAAAUUACAUGCUGCAACAAAAUUACAAUCGACAACAGAAUGAAUUGGAUGGGAUGAGAACAGACAAUGUUAAGUUAUAUGAGAAGAUCAAGUUUUUACAGAGUUAUCCGUCUACUAAGGUUCAAGUGCAAGAUGAUGUUACUUCGAAAAGAUAUUCCACUCAAUACGAAGAACAUUUGGAUCCAUUUACAAGCUUUAAUAAACGAGAGAAACAGAGAAAAUACAUGAAUUUGGGUCCACACGAUAAGCUCACUCUCAAUCUUGGAAAAUUUAUUUUGUCUAGUAAAAUGGCCCGGACUGUAUUUUUCUUCUAUAUGUUGAUUGUACAUACCCUGCUAUACAUUAUACUUUAUAAAUACGCCUAUACUGAAGACUGCAUGAGACAUAUCGCGGAAUUGUGUUAUGAAAAGUUCGGACAGCCAAUGGUACCAAACCAUCUUGCUGAUAGAGUAGUAGAUGCAGGAGGUCAAGCUUUGAAACCAGCUUAG